UGAUUCCCACCAAUGACUGCGAACAGCAAGUGAGAGAUCAGGAAUAUUUAACAGAAAUCAGAACGCACAUGCCAGCAAAAAUGAUUGACAGAUAUAUCCCACAGUGGAAAUGGACAUCUUCUAUGACUUAUGUGCUUCUGGCCAUUUCUUACCUGCUGAUCUUCAUAUUGUUUGGGCUUGUGGCAUCCAAAGGAAGCAGCAAAUGGCAGCAACAGCUAGAAAGCAUGUACCCAUGUGGAGCCAAAAGCAGAGAAUGGAAACAUUUUGACGGGGCGUGUUACUUCUUCUCCAUCGAACAAGUUAUUUGGCACACAGCAAAGAGUCAUUGUGAAGAAAAGGAGUCAGAAUUGGUAGUCAUUGCCAAUCAGGUUGAACAGAAUUUCCUCCAGGCUGAAACCAGGGGUGAGCGCUACUGGAUUGGACUCAGUGAUCACAAUGAUGAAGGGCAAUGGAGAUGGGUUGAUAGCACAGACUACAGAACCAGCUUCAAGAAUUGGUCAGAAGGUGAACCCAAUGACCACAGCAGUAAUGAAGACUGCGCCGAGAUCUUUCAGGGUGGCAGAUGGAAUGACGUACCUUGUAAUAUGAAAAAGUUUUAUGUAUGCAAAAAACCUUUAUCUUCCUGAAAAAUCAUGGGCAAAAACAAAUUGAAGGAGAAGGAAAUCAUGUACUUUGGAAUCCCAACUCUCCUGCUGGAAUGUAGCUAUAUAUUCACACACACACAAAAGCCAGCCCAAUCAACUAGCAGAGUAGAGCAUAACAUAGCAUAGCGUAGCACAUUAUACUUAGAAAUGUUGGAUGGAGCCAUUUUGGUAAUGAUGAAAUGACUAUUCAGAUCCCAGCAUUCUUUGAACAUACAAAUCAACCAAAGGCUGAUAUUAACUUAGAAGCAUUACCCACGACGUGUAACCAUUUCUCAAUCUAAUUACCGAACUAUCUAGAAUUCUCUGUAAUAAUUGUGAAAGAAAUACACUCUGAAACCUGCUCAGAAGCCACUGAAUCAGAGGUGGGUUCCAGCAGGUUCUGACCAGUUCUGGAGAACCGGUAGCGGAAAUUUUGAUUAGUUCAGAGAACCGGUAUUAAAAAUUCUGACUGGCUCCGCCCCUAUCUAUUCUCUGCCUCCCAAGUCCCAGCUGAUUGGGAGGAAAUGGGGAUUUUUGCAGUAACCUUCCCCUGGAGUGGGGUGGGAAUGGAGAUUUUACAGUAUCCUUUCCGUGCCAUACCCACCAAGCCACGCCCACCAAACCAUGCCAGGCCCACCAUGCCACACCCACAGAACUAGUAAUAAAAAAAUUUGAAACCUA